AUGGCAGUUAAAGAAGAAAUUAGUAGACCAGGACAACUCUUGGGGUACCGAUCAAUGCACCAAAAGUUACGAGAGCACCACCAGUUGGCAGUUUCACGAGGCUUGGUGUAAGAUGUGAUGACGACGGUUGACCCUGAAGGUCUUGAGAGCCGCGGAAAAGUUGGACAAAAGAAGCGGCACAGAGGGCCGACUGGCACAGUUACAUCGCUGGUAAGAUAAGCUUAUCUAAUAGUGCUAUUGGUACGAUUUCCAUGCGAUCGCGUAAGUUCAUUUAAUUGCAGUCGAACCUCGAGUAUCGGGAGUUUUUUUUUUUCAUGAAUAUUAAUAAGAUGUGAUCUUCAAAAUUGAAAGUAUUAAAAGUUCAUUAAUCGUUUCAAAUGUUUUCAAACAUAUAUAUUCAAAACUUUGAAGUCUGUCAAAACCAAACAAACACCUGUUGCCAAACAUUUAUAUUGUCCAGUGUUUGUGGAGCAAAGUUUUGCCCUUCUGAUGCGUGUUCACAUAUUGUGCUUAUAUUGCAUAAAUGCUAGGCUUUAUCCGGCUUCUACAUUUAGAUCUAACAUGUUUGAUACCAUUUGGACAGCAUGUUCAACAUCACGACCAGUUUGGCCACCAAACAUGUUUUAGGAGUGUGUGGUCAUCAGACAUUUCUCGUUUGGACAGGCCUUUGAUAAUGAAAAAGCAGGUUCUCAAUGGAAAUUUACAAGUUUUUUGGUUGUAUUUGGUUUCUUACAGGGCCCAAACCACACGUACUCUGGAGAUGGCCACGAUAAACUUAUGGAUUUCAUGAACAACAAAUUUCCCCUGGCCGUUUAUGGUUUACAAGAUGUUUUUAGUGGCUACAUUCUUUAUUUGAAACUGUGGCCCUCAAACUCAGAUCCUAAACUGAUAGCACGGUGGUAUUUGGAGUAUCUUUAUGAAUCAAGGGGUAACUGCAGUUGAUAGUUGUUAUCAUAGAAGGGGCUAAACAGAGUCUGACAUCAAUAUUGGUGAAGAGGAAUGUGUACAAGUCCCAUCUCCUAGACCCACCAAAUUGUCCAUGAACAAUACACCCUGCUCCCCCUGCAGUAUCUUGUAAAAGAGUUUCUUAGCUCCAGACACUGUUAAAUGGCUGUUAAAUAGCUCACAAUGAAAGGUAUCGUCGAAAAUGAGUCACAUGUCUCUGAACAAUAGACACCUCACUCCUAAGCACACAAAAACAAUAACACAGGCACAUGGAGCAUAAUGGACAAUACUGGGUCUUCAAAUAACUGGAGAGUUUUCAUCUUGUUCUAGGGGCAGUGUACUUGAGCAAUAAUUGGGUAUAGGGGUGCUGCUGAGGGUCUGACCCUCAGAGCCCAUUUAGGAUAAAAAAAGGUGAACCUACACUAGAUAGGACAACACCUGCUAUUUUAGGACCCUAUCCUCACACUAGAUUAUAGGUCAUGUAAGGGAGUACCCCCAGUGUCUUGAUAAAGUUUGUCAUAUAACAUCCUAAAACAUAAAUAAACAUUGACGCAUGAAAUCUGAAACUUUCAGAAGAAUUUGUCGAUUUCACACAACCUCAUUCUGGGCCCUUCGAUAUUAUUAAUAUUAACAGCUUGAUGACUGAUGUCUUUUUAUUGUGGACUCGGGAUACAAAGUAUAAAUAGGUUAUGACCAUUGAUCUCCUAUUACCCUCAACAGUAAUCAGCCAAUAUCUGAGGCUGGAUAAAGGAUCAGAGACUGGCAUAACGGCAACCAUUCAUGCCUGUCUAAGACAGUCCCACGAAGAUAUUGAUGCAUCCAACACGGUUCACCAUGGGCCUUCUACUAAUAAUAAG